UUACAUGAUCAAUAUCAUUCAAUCUAUUAUAGCAUGUUUGAUUAUAGUUUUAUCUGGUUUAUCAAUAAAUAACAACGACAUACUCAUGAGUGUAUUCCCACAAAGUGGGGUCUGAAGAGGAUAAAGUGUACGCAGUUCAUACCACUACCUCAAGAGGUUGUUUCUGAUAUACCCUCGGCUCAUGAAAAAUAAUAGUAUAUCAAGCCGAGAACAUGAAAACAAACAACAAAAUAUGAUAAAACAACAAAAUAUGAUAACGCACCACUGUAUAAUAGAAGAAUCAACCUCUUUAGGUUGAUUGUUGACAUCAUAUGUAUCUUACUAAUAAUAUACAAAGCUAACUACAAAUAAUUAAAUACAUCUGCUUUUCUUUCCAUCUCUCAAAUCCUUUCUUCUUCCUCUAUCCACAAAAAAGUCAAAAUUAAACCCUCCAUUUUUUCUUCUUCUACAUAAUGAACAACACAACUGUAGAAGAUAGUGAAAGUCCUAAUGAUAUUGAGUUAAGUGAUGACACUUUUGGCAAGAAUUAUGGCUAUGGAAUUGGAUUUUCACUUGGAAUCCUAAUAUUAUUAUCAGUCAUGGCUUAUGCUUCUUACUUAUGUAUUCGAUCGCGAUCGCGCAACAAUUCUAACGUGCCUAAUAAUCCAUCUUCUUCUUCUCAUGAUAGCUCAACAUUAGUUGAUAUUCAACAAGGUAUUGAUGAAGAAAUUUUGAGAAACUAUCCAAAGUUAUUGUAUUCUCAAGCAAAAGUUCAUUAUCACAGAGAGGACAAUAAUGGAUGUUCAAUUUGUUUGGGUGAUUAUAAAGACAAUGAUAUGUUAAGGUUAUUAUCAAAUUGUGGACAUAUAUUUCAUGUCAAAUGUAUUGACCCUUGGCUAAGGCUUCAUCCAACAUGCCCUAUUUGUAGAAAUUCUCCACUUCCAACUCCAUAUUUGCAAUGAGGUGAUUAUUUCUUUUUAAUCAUUUGGUAUCUGAACUUUAUGUUAUUUUCGAGCAAAUUCAACUAAAGGAAAAACGCUUUCUAUCAGAAUUUUUUUUGUUUUCAUAGUUCGAAGUUGAUACUUCUGAUUAAGGAUAAAGGGAUCUCAUCUGUCCCACCAUCUUCUGCGGUGAUCAUCAAAUAUAUUUUAUUCAAGCGGAUAUAUGAUUUUCCUUCUUUUUUUUUUUGGUUGUAAGAAAUGCAAAUGAUAACACAAAUUAGGUAAUUUAGAUGUAGUGAUAUUAAGUAAAUACUACCAAAGGGAAUAAAAUUUUUGCAAAAUGCCAUCUUGUUCAAUUUGUUUUUCUUGUCCAUUUGUGCUAGUAAUUUUAUGUUCAAACAAACAUAAAUCAUACCAUCUCUCCUCCUAUUUUUUUUAGAAAGAUUUUGUACUCUUCUUGAGAAAUAUAUUUAAUAACCUAGUUAUAGAGGAUACAUUAGAUUGUCUUUUAUUUGUCUUUUAAAUGUUUCACUUAAUUAACAUUCUAUCAACGGAAGCAAUAAGCUAGUUUUGAACCAAAAAAAGAGAGAGGUAAUAAAAAUGAUUUCUUUUCAAAUAUUUGGCAGCAAAUUUAAUUUGUGAAAAUGAACAAAUAUUUGAGAGUGGAAAAAGUAUUUAUUUAUUAGUACCUUUUUUGGGGGGAGGGGGAGCCAGAAAUUUCGUUUAAGGUGUUCAGUUUUCUAUAUACAUAAUAUGUUUAGUUUAUAUAUUUCAUAUAGUUUUUUUGAUGAAGAGUGUUCGACUAACCAUCCUUCAUUAUAUGUGACUAUGCUUCGGGAUGGGGUGUCAGAAAUUUCGUUUAAGGUGUUCGGUUUUCUAUGUACAUAAUAUUUUUAAUCUAUAUAUUUCGUAUAGUUUUUUUUUUUUUUUUUAUGAAGACUGAAAAGUGUUUGAUUGACCAUCUUUCAUUAUAUGUGGUUACACGCGGGAUGGAGGCGUUAGAAAUUUCUUUUAAGGUAUUCAGUUUUUUAUAUACAUAAUAUUUUUAAUCUAUAUAUUUCGUAUAGUUUUCUUAUGAAGAGUGUUUGACUGACCAUAUUUCAUUAUAUGUGGUUAUACGGAGGGAUGGGAAUGUCAGAAAUUUCAUUUAAGGUAUUCAGUUUUUUAUAUACAUAAUAUUUUUAACUUAUAUACUUUGUAUAAUUUUUUGAUGAAGAAUGUUCGACUGAUCACCCUUCAUUAUAUGUGACUACGCCCAUGGGAUGGGGUGGCGGGAGUUGUUGAAAGCAUGCCAGCAUGCUCAAAUGCCAAUUCAUCAUAAGGAAUAACUCAAAUGCCAAUGCAUAUGGUCAAUCAUAUGGAUUAGCUUUUAGCUGGCCCCCCAAAAAAAACAUAUCGAGAUUUCAAAAAUUCAUAUUACUCUAAUACAUGUAUCAUGUUUAAAAGCUUAGGUUAUUUUUUUUCAAAUUUGGCUAAGUUUAGUAGAUAGAGUUACUUCAUAUUUAUGUUUGUGAAAGAUAGGAAGUGCCCAAUGAAAUAGUCAAAGUGAAAACGAACGGCCAAUACAACAUAAAAAAGCUAUUUGAAGUCAUUUAAAAUAUAAAUUGACGUUAGAAAUCAGGUAUUUUGAAGAAGGAAAAUGGCUUUUCUCAUACUCAAUUUUUGAUAUCUUCCAUGGUAGAAUCAUAUAUAAUUGUUAGGUUUAUAGAUCAAUGCAAUGUAAACUCACAUUGAGGUUACAACUUACAUAGGCAAAGUCAGGAUUAGAAGUUUUAAGAGUGUCUCUAUAUCAAUCACACGUUAAUACUAUACAAUAAUAAUUGAUUCACAGUUUAAAACUAUUGAAUUCACGUGAAUCUGUAAUCAACCCUCUAGAUUCGCUCUGACAAAGAAAGUGUAUUGAUUUGUACGUUUUUAACUUAUUGAAUUCAUGUGAAUUUGUAAUCAAUUCUCUAAAUUCGCUUGGUCUGAUCGAAAAAGUGUCUUUAUUGAUCUAUACUUGUCUUUUGCAACCAAAACAAAAUCAGUAUUCGCAUUUAUUUUUCCAAGAACUAAGACAAGAACCAACUUUUUGUAAAUCCAAAAUGCUCAUUUCUAUAUGAUAAUCUUUUCAAAACAUUUUCUUGUAUGCUAACUCAGGAGUCACCCAUCAGCUGCUUUCUUUGCCUACAAAAAUUGACAAAAAAAAGACUUGCAUUGUUUAUAAGAAGACAAACAAAUAAAGAAAGUCAAACUAUGGGCGAGUUAGGUCAAAUUUGUGAUGAUUGCAUUUUCACCUUUUUUUAAUGAGAUAAGCAUCUACUAACCCUCGAACUAUGCUUUUUGGGCUGCUGUAGGACUGCCGCCUAUAGGUGGUAGGAAAGGAUGCACUACUAUAAAAAAAGAAAAACCAACUACACAAAAUUGACCACGUGUUGUGGUCGA